AAGUGGUGCUUCUCCGUUUUGUUUAUAGGAACUGUGUUAAAAUAGUGGGUUUCAAAAAGCAAGAAAACUGGACAUAUGAUCCCUGCUGGGCUCCAUUUGCAGUCUGGAGCUGGAAGGUCUCCUUGGGUGUCCCGAGCUCCUUAGCAGAAAAAGAAGUGAAGUCCGUUCUAAUUUCUAAAACAAAAGGGGAAAUACCUCAGAGGCACCGUGUACGUAUCCUCUGGGGAGAGCCCGUCUUUUUCACUAGAGACCGAUUAAUUCACUUUUCCCGGAACUGGCCGGGAGAUGAGCCGGGCCGAGGGCCGGUGCAGCAUGGAGUACCGAGCUAAGCAGAGGUCCCCUCGAAGAGGCAGAUCAAGCAGGGAAAGGUUUUGCGGGGGAGAAGGCCGUGCGGCGGUGCGAGGCUCCCCGAGGAGGGAUGCUGCUGGCUCUCAGUCUGGGUUCUGUCCGCUCGAGUCCUAGCUAUCUUCACGAGAAGGGUAUAUUCCGGUGACCCACCCCGUGUUUGUUUCUCUUGGCUUCUCCGCAGUGGACCCCGGAAAGCCGGGCGACCUCCCCCACGCAGAGCCCAGCCCGGCCCAUGCCAGCAGACGGUGGGGUCCGAGUGCGCCCACCGCCCGUCCCUCAGUUCCCCUCAGAGGCAUAUAUGGCAAGUAAACUGCUUGGCCACUUGCUCCUUCCAGCUUUUCGCCGGUUGCCUGCAUCUCGCGCGGACAAGACCUUCCCUUGGGAGUUGGUAGGGAAGCUGACAGGAGCAAAUUGCAGUAGGUGGUAUAGAUUUCUUUUUUUUCUGCAAGUAAAAGGGGGUCGAGGAAGAGGCCUGGGGUCGUGGUGAAGGACCCUUUUGCCUGUUCUCCUCGAGUCGACGGGGAAGCCGCCUAGCCUCAGUCCCUGUCCCGAGGGUCUCUGUUUCCCCGCUGCUGCCCCGGAGCAGGUGCCGCCAGAAAAGUGGCCGGCCCCACAGCGCUUUGAUGAGCUCGCAGCACCGCCGGGCCGCAGCGCCCCUUUCGCAUGCUAAUAACCCGCCGUGCUCUCCGCGGCUUUCAUGACUAGCAGAGGCUUGCAGCGUAGUCCUCGCAAAGACUGAACCCGGACGAGCAAUUCCUCCAAAAUGGUCUGAGCCCUAAUAAACAAUCUGGUAGGAUAAGCAGUAUCGCCUUCUUCUCCUCCCAGAGACAAAGUGUGGAUUCAUUAACCCGUCUCCUUGCUCAUCAUAUCCCCGUAGGGCUGAGACGAAUUACUGGGUCUGAAUUGGGAGGGGAUUGCUCUAAGAGGGGCUAAUGUUUCAAUCAGUUCAUCCUGAAGGACCACACAAAAAGAAACUUUUUGGUUUAUGGUGCUAUUAUGCGGAGUUUUAAUCUAGGGAUAGAUUUAGCCAAAUGUUAUCUAUUGGGAAUUUAAUGAAGCCCUUAUGUAUUCAAUCGUCUUUUAUGCCACACACAGUGUCUCUAUCCAGAAAUGUUUCCUUCCACAUAGUUCUUUGUUUCUGAUGGGUGAUUUAUAUAUAUUUUAACUAGGUUUUUAAAAAAAUUAUUUCUUUUCAAGCAUCUUGUAUAACGUUUCUCUUAAGCAGGACUGUGUUAGGUCCCUUCCCACAUCCCCUGUAAAAGAGGUUUCCCUUUCCAUCCCUGGUUUCGAAGAUGAUUAUAUUGCAUGUCCACACACUUUGCCCUUCCCUCGGAAGCGCUCCCACUCUGUGGACACCGCCGUGGGCUGCGACAGACAGCGCAGCCCGAGGGUCCGGCCGAGCCCCAUGGCUGCCGUGCCCAGCUCCUCGGCCCUGAAGCUACUCUCAACCCAAACCUUCCCCACCCGCACCUCCUUUGGACCACACCUUGGGUCUGGUUUGUAUUUUAGGUGCGGUGAGAAGCACCGAGGGUCAGCGGGGUGCGCAUCCCGUGCUUGCUGGCUGGUUUCGAAUACCCAGGACGGGCCCCAUCACCAAGUCCGGAAGGUGGAAGAGGGGGGCGAGGCCCUCACCUGCUCUCAGCUGCUCCCUUUCUUGCAGCGCUGGUGGCGAAGGCAGAGCGCACGGUCUCCACCGUCGAGACUGAGGCCUGAUCUGUGGGAAAGUGGAUCUGGUUUAACUGUCCCUUGGCACGGCCAGGAGACUCCACUCCAGGUAUUUCCCCUCCUUCCCCCGGCGACGGGCCGCACACCUUAUCGGAACAGAAUACCGGCUGCCAUGUGCCCGCAGCUCAGCGGAUCCCGACCAGCCUUCACCAUGAGAGUCCCGUCGAGCAGCGGCCAUUGGGUCUCUGCUCGCUGCCCCUUCCUGCGCUACAAAGCAUGCCCGAGAUGUGGAGGAGAGAUUCACCCAGAGUGCCCGUCGGUUUUGGGGAGAGACGGAGAAAUGAACGCGAGUUCCAAGCCGGUAAACCUCUUGCUCUUGUUUCUCGCUUGCGGAAGAACUCUGUUCCCCGCCGGCAGUCCCCCCCGCCUGGAGGUGUACUCCGGGCAGCCGGCCCAGGAGACACGCCGGCCCCUUCCCAGACUCCUGGCUCGGCUCGCCGCUCAGUCACCGGCACGACGGAAAACAACAAAGGCAAAGGCUGCGGGGUUGGGAAGGCACGCACGGGGAGCCCCUCGGCCAAACUCGCGAGCAGCCCGGCUGCCGCAGUGCGGUGGCACCGGGGCUGUGCACGGCUGCGCGGCGGAGCGGUGCUCCACCGAGCCCGCGCGUGUGAGCGGGGAGGCACCGGCUGCGUCUCCGCGGGAAUCUCCGCAGGAAGCCCACGGAAGAUGCACAGCGGACGAAGAUGUGCCCUCAGUGCAGCAGUGAGAGACACAGAGGCAUCCACUGCGUUCCGGGUCACGGAGAGACUUAUCGGCUAGGCACCGCAAUGCCCAAGGUGUAGAAAAACAUUUGGACUGGACUGAGCGAAAUGCGGACUUUUUUGUUGGUUUGGUUUUUUUUUUGUUUGUUUUGUUUUGUUUUGUUUUGUUUUGUUUUGUUUUGUUUUGUUUUGUUUUUUAAGCGCGGUGUGUAGUCAAUUUCAGAAAUUCUACCGCUGAGCUGAAUUCAGAAGCAAAUUUGUAGUUGUGGGUUUUUUAUUUUUCUAAUCAAAAUAAUUGAACUUGCCCUUCCUCUAAGCCACAGGAGACCUGUUGAAUUGAUUCUGUUUCCCUUCUGCUGAUGCAGUAAAACGGCAUGCAGAAAUCUGCGGGCCCCCGUAUUUAGAUGACAGAUUAUGCAAUUUAUGUUAGAAGCAAAAGGAUAAUUAGAUAAUUCAACUGUUGCAUUAAUUAGUUUCUUAAGGCUGGGAAAGCCUUAUCUCUACGGUAAAUCCGAAGGUAUUUCUGUCCCCUUAGUGAAAAAGGAAACCAUGUGAGAACAUCGAAACGCGUCUCAACGUUCAGGAGCAUGUUUCUUGCACCCGAUGAUAUCACCAUCCAGUGCCCACACUGCAGUCAUCUCUCCUGCUAAAGCCCAGGCUUUGGCAAGUGCUUUAAAAACCCGUGAAUGUCUCUUCGUACCGCAGUGGUCGUGGGACUGCUUCUUUAGUUUCAUUGCAGGGGAGUACAUGCACACCUGUAUAUACGAGAUACAUUAAAUACAUACAAUCAAGA